GGCAAUAACUCUGUGUGUUCCUCUGUGCGUCUCACUUUCUCCGAUUUUAUUCUCUUAAAAAACCCGGCAUUUCACUAUUUGCAUAUACUCCUCCGGCAGUUGGUGUAAACAAAUACGGAUGAGUGUUGUUUGAAUCAGAGAGAAGCGACUCGGGUGAUGGGAGAGAGAAGCAAAGCAGAGGCAGAUGUUACCGUUAGCUGAGGGCAGAGAGAGAAAGGGAAAGGGACAGGGCAAUGGAAGUUCUGAAUCGUUCCAUUCCGAUGUUGUCCGUCUUCUUAUAUUUGCUACUCUUCUUCGGCGAAACUCUUGCAGAAGGCGUCACCCCUGCGGAAGCCAAGCAGCUCAGAGACGAGGUGCGUGGAAUGUUCUAUCAUGCCUUUGAUGGGUAUAUGGAGCAUGCUUUCCCACUUGAUGAGUUAAGACCUCUGUCAUGCGGGGGAGAAGAUACGCUUGGCGGUUAUGCCUUAACUCUAAUCGACUCCUUAGACACGUUGGCUUUAUUUGGUGACCGAGAGCACUUUGCUGCCUCUGUUGAAUGGAUUGGGAAAAAUCUGCAGUUUGAUAUUAAUAAGACUGUGUCCGUGUUUGAGACUACCAUCCGAAUCCUUGGAGGUUUACUAUCUGCUCAUCUGAUUGCAAGUGAUUUUGCUACGGGCAUGAGAAUUCCGUCCUAUGAUAAUGAGUUACUCCACUUGUCAGAGGAUCUGGCUCAGAGAUUGUUGCCUGCUUUUGAUACUCCAACAGGAAUUCCAUUUGGAUCUGUCAAUCUUUUGCAUGGAGUUGAUGAAAAUGAAAGCAAGAUAACAUCAACGGCUGGUGGUGGGACUUUGACCCUAGAAUUUGGGGUGCUUAGCCACCUAACAAAUAAUCCCAUAUAUGAGCAAGUAGCAAAAAAUGCAGUGCGUGGAUUAUGGGCUCGUCGAUCAAAUCUUAACCUUGUUGGUGCUCAUAUUAAUGUAUUUACUGGUGAAUGGACACAGAAGGAUGCUGGAAUAGGAACAAGUAUUGAUUCUUUCUAUGAGUAUCUCUUGAAGGCUUACUUAUUAUUCGGAGAUGAAGAGUAUCUAUUCAUAUUCCAAGAGGCUUACAGGGCUGCAAUGCACUAUCUGUACAAUGAUCCUUGGUAUGUAGAGGUAAAUAUGAACUCUGGUGCUAUUGUCUGGCCGCUAUUUAACAGUUUGCAGGCAUUCUGGCCAGGCCUCCAGGUUUUGGCUGGAGACAUUGAUCCUGCUAUUCGAACGCAUGCUGCUUUCUUUAGUGUUUGGAAAAGAUAUGGCUUCACUCCAGAGGGCUUUAAUCUUGCUACACUCAGUGUUCAGCAUGGCCAGAAAAGCUAUCCUCUGCGUCCAGAGUUAAUUGAGAGCACAUUCUGGCUUUACAAAGCUACCCGAGAUCCCAGAUAUCUUGAUGCUGGUCGAGACAUGGUUGCCAGUUUGCAAAAUGGAGCUCGAUGCCCUUGUGGAUACUGCCAUAUAUCAGAUGUGGAAUCUCACAAACAGGAAGAUCACAUGGAAAGCUUUUUCCUAGCUGAAACAGUUAAGUAUUUGUGGCUUCUUUUUGACUUGGCUGUGGGUCCAGAUAACCUUUUUGAGAAUGGACCAUACAAGUAUAUCUUCACCACUGAAGGCCACUUGCUGCCUGCAACGCCACAGAUAUCACUAGUUCGUGAACAUUGUUCAUAUUUUGGGGCAUACUGUAGGACUGGCAACUUGAGUCAGGAGACCUACAGUACGGACAUCUCAACUGCUUCCCAGGAAACAAAUCAAAGUAGGCUGUGUGGAGGUCUGGGUCCCAUCAGUUUUCCAUCAGACUCUGCUUCUCAUGGAUCUUAUUCUAUGUCAGGGAUGAUUAAGCGGGCUUUUUGCCCAGGGCUUUCUCAUAGGCAGAUGUUUGGCAUACCAUAUCAAGCUUCCACAGAUGCGAGUCAAGAUAAUGAACCUGCAAAACAUAGAAAGACUAUUUUCAUUUGAAAGCCUUUCAUUGGUGGUUGUCUCCGACCCAAAAUGCUGAAAAUUCGCCUGCCUUUAAUUAGAUUGAGCAAUGUCGAAAGAGUCGAGUAACGAGAGGCAGAGUGAACUACCUCGAGGUUGAAGAUCGAUCUUUGGGCUGGCUGAUAUAGGUUAUAUAGGAAAUAGAAUGAUUGGAAUGAAAGUUCAGAACUAUUUGAUUUGCCGGCUGUUUCUUUCCUGCUGUUUACUUUCCAGCUAACAGAAGAUAAAAGGCAAGAGCAACCGCAUAGGUGUGGUUCUGGUUGAAAUGGUGUGUGCCUGUAAAGCUAGAAUGAAGACUCAGUACAGAGAUUUUUGCUUAUAGGUUGAAGCAACUUUGGAACAGUUGAUGGAAAAGCAUGGAGAGCUUGGGAAUGGAUGUAAACUUGAGGACAAGCAGGUCCUUCAGUUUUGUAAGUUCUCUAUUGGCGCUCCAAGGCUAGAGGCGUAAUCACUGGCAUUUUGUUCACUUUCAGGCAUGUGUAUUUCAUUUUGGAGAACUUGUGUAAAAUUGGAUUGGUUUAAACACCAAUGUUAGGAAGGGUUUUUUAUGCUUCUUGGGAUGAUUAAACGCUGGGUUAAUCUCUCACCCAAAAUGUUGUAAGAUUGGUUUUGGUUCCAACUUCUGAUUUGUUGCUUCAAUUGAAUAGUCAUUGAUAAGCUUCUCGAGGAAAGGUCCGAUAGGAAGUACUUUAUUUUGAACAAUAACGAUAUUAAGCUUCAA